CUUUUCCAAAUUCCAUCUCCAAAUCCCAUGCGUUGAAUUGUACUGGCAUCAUCUGAUUAACUGGAGCCGAGAUAGCAUAGUGACUGGCAGGGCCGAGAGUGUUAUCGGACAACCUCAAAUUCAUCAUGCAACGUCGAUCGAGAACCGGCUGUAUUGACUGUCGGCGUGCAAAAGUGAAGUGUGACGAGGCUGUUCCUACCUGUGGUACUUGCGAACGACGUGGCAGACGAUGCCAAGGGUAUGCGUUUGACAGAAGGACGAGGAAUAUCAAAUGGAAGUCAAUCAUUACGGUUGACGAUCAACAGAAGCAUGAAAACAACAACGAAUCGAACAGGCAUCUAAAGAGGAAGAGAAGUGAAAGUGAUUCGAUCCAGUCCACUUCACCGCCAGAAGUAGAACAAAGUCCAAAUAGUCUCGCAGAACAGCCCGAAGAUGAUAGCCCGACAGAAGUUGUGACUCUACGUAUAAGCGACUGGGAGGUGGUGGAAGCGAAUCUACUGUCCACUACUGAUCUGUCUCCUUUUCCAAUAGGCGAUUGCUCUCCGGAAGAUAGGUUAGGUCUAUGUGCCUACUUCGAUCGCCACCCGCAUGAGCUAGUGAUUGGCUCAGAACCUGAGUUCGUGAAAGACAUGAAUAUGCAUUUUCUUUCCGUUUUCCAGCAGAAUCCCGAGGCCAUGAGGGAUGUACUUUGCGGGAUAGGCCAAGUCUAUCUGCACCGUAUGGGCCAGUCUUCAUCGCUUGUGCGAGCAUUGGAUAAGAGAGCAAAAACAUUAGCCAGAAUUAGGUCUAGGAACGAGAUUCCUCCGAACAUUGAAUUCGUUCUGGCGAUCAUCCUGGGUAUAUGUGGCUUAGAGCUCAUCGAUACCAACUACGGCCCUGGCGAUUUCUCCCUGCAAAUAUUGCAUAGCACCACUGCCGUGUUCGUCAAUCAAUAUCUUAGCACCGGGUCUAUUCUCAGCGCCACAUCUAAAUUCUUUCUUCGAGGGCUUGCCCGUCAAGAGAUGAUGAUUGCGAUUACUCAAAGGCGGCGUCCGUCCAUUGCUUGCUCACUGUGGCUGGACUCGGAAUGCUACAAUACUGCAGACCGCUUUAUGGGGUUUACGAUGACAAUUAUGCCCCUUUGGGAAGAAAUAUGUGGCCUGGCUGAAGACAUGAAACGGAAACUUGCACCUUGCUCUUUUGAACAUGACCUUGUUUUAUCGAGAGCUGAAGCGACAAUGACCACAUCUCAAACCCAGACUUCGUUGGAAACAGCGAUACUGCACUCCCGAGCGGCCGCGCUGCGAACUCGACUGGAAUCGUGGCAUCCCCCAUCCAUCCCUAACUUUUCCGGAAGCUCAUCCCAGAAAUUCUUCCGCCAUGCUGCUACUUAUCGAAGCGCCGGGCUGCUAUAUCUUCAUCGACUGCUUUACAUGCCUGGCCAGUCAGCACCAGCCGAUAAUAUUGCUCUCUCCCUUGCCUACGACAUCUUCGCUCAUUUGACUGGACCCUUUUCAUGGCUUCGCCUUUCCUUGCUACCCACCCUGAUUGCUGCAUGCGAGUUUAGGAGGGAUGAUGACAGAAAGAUGGCGUUGGGUCUUUUUGAAGGGAUGUACGGUAGCCGGAAUACUUUCACUACGGACACGACGAAGAGAUUUGUCGUGAAUAGGGUGUGGCCGUCAUUGGAUAGCGGAGAGGAAGUGUCGUGGAUGGAAUUAGCGGAUAGAUACCCUGGGGAAUGCGUACCAAUAUGAAUAUUUGAGUGUCUCGCUAUAUUGUAUAAUUAGCUCAUUCAGAUAGUUCGAGUUGGCCACGGCUGCGAGAAGUCCAAGUAGUUCUCGACAUCUCGUGAACUCACCACAGCAUUUUCACUCCAGUCCACUAAGUCUGCGGACUAAAUGCUAUCGAUAGCCUAAUUUUCUCCCAUUUAAG